AUGUCUAGUGAAGUUUCUACUGACGUAGUAGUAUUAUCAUCGAAACCAAUUGAAUCAAGAUGGUUGACUGUAUCUAACUUACCUGAGACAGCUACUGAAGAAACUAUUAAAGAAUGUUUUGAACGACAUGGUCAUGUUCAAACAGUUAAAAUUAACGAUCAAUGUGUUGCUUUUGUUACUUUUUCGGACAUAUGUUCUGCAUCAAAAGCACAUCAUGCAGAAAAUAUUCUGGAUAAAAUACAAUUACAAACAAAAUUUCAUGAUAGUUCAAAUUCAACUUCUAAAAUGCGUAUAGAAGUAUCUUCCUCAAUUAUUGAACCAUUUUCAUCAUUGCCUUGCAGUAUAAAAACAGUGACUAAUAAAUUGAUGGAUAAAACAAUAACAGCAAUACAUAACGAUCAAGAUAAAUAUUCAUUAUGUUCUACUAAUAGUCUGGAGGAAAAUACUCGACAUCAUCUUGUACGUAUCAAAUAUGAUUCAGAUUCAUCAAAAAGUAAACAAAAAACAUCAUCGAUAAAUUGUUCUAAAAAAACAGAAAUGAAAUCUGCACGAGACAAGCAUGAAAAUUCUUCCUCUUCUUCUUCAUCUGAAUCUGAAAGAUCACGUAACGAUAGUUUAUUCAAUAAAUAUCAUCGGCAAUAUACGUCGAAACUAAAACGACAAUCGACAAAUUUAAAUCAUAUCAAAACGAAAAUAUUAAAAGUUUAUCCAUUACCAUCGAAAAUAUCAUCUGAAUCAUUACGUAAAAAAUUUCGACAUAUAUUUGCUAAUUUUAAAAAAUCUUCUCAUUUACUAAGUAUAAAAAUAAUUGAUGACGAUGCUUUAUUAACAUUUAAAAGAUCUGAAGAUGUUGAUAAAGCAUUAUUAUUUAUAAUAACAAAAUCUAUUCAUGGUAUUAGAUUACAAGCUGAACCAUAUAAUAAUUUAAUAAAUGAAAAUGAUUUAAUGAAACGUUCAAUAAAUUCAAAUCUUGAUAUAGAUGAAUAUUCAGUAAAAGCCACACGAACUUUAUAUAUUGGUAAUCUUCAACCUGACAUAUCUUUGAAUGAAUUACGUGAAAUAUAUUCAACGUAUGGAGAUAUUAUUGAUAUUGAAAUAAAACGACAACAGCAACAAUCUAGGCAUCUACAAACAUUUGCUUUUAUUCAAUAUGUUGAUAUAAAAAGUGUAAUUAAUGCAAUGAAAGUAUUGAAAUCGAAAUUGAUUCGUGAUCAUUCAAUUAAGUAUGGUUUUGGCAAAAGUCAACCAACAAAUGUUUUAUGGAUGGAUAAUUUACCUUCAAAUAUAACUGAAUCAAUGUUACGUUCAUUUGUAAAUGAUAUAACAAAUCUAUCAUCUGAUGAAAUUCUUGAUAUAUAUAUUGAUAAUCGAAAUUAUCAUAAAACUCAUAUUGUUCAAUGUUUAAUCUAUUUUAUUGAUAUUAUUUCAGCACAACAUGCAAUUAAUUCAAUGCGAGGAAAAAAAUUUCAAUCAAAACGUAUUCAAAUUGAUUUUGCAAGUAAAUUAUUUAUCACAAGAUUUUCUGAUAUUAUUCAAGAAAUAAAUAAUAAAAAAAAUAAUAAUCAAUCGACAAACCGGCCUCAUCAAUCUGAUCAAUGUAAUUAUUCAAAAAUAUCUCAUAGUGAAUCAUCAUCAUUAACUCUUUCAAAUAGUAGUUUAUCCGGUCGAAAUGAAACACGGCAUCAUUUAUCUUCAUCAUUAAAUCAUGAUUCAAUUAAUCAUAAAAAUAUAAUCAAAUCUGAGGCAGAUAAGAAUGCAAAUACUGAACGUAUUCAUGAUUGGCUUAUGCAAAAUCAUCAUUCAAAUGCACAUGAUGAUGAAAUCAAAGAAUAUCCUGAAGAACAAGUAUUAUAUUUGAAACAAAUAGAAAAUAAAAAGAAAUUAAAUGAAAUUGCUACUUCUAAUGAAAAUUCUUAUCAUUUACUUAAAAAAACCUUUCCAACAAAAAUCAUUCCACUUGAAUCAGAUUCUUCAUUUAUUCAAACAGAUAUACGUUUACAAGUUUAUUCAUCUCAAUCUAAUCAAUUAAUCAAUACAAUAUGUUUACCAUUUCCAAAAUUUGCUAAAAUUUUAACAAAAUCAUCAAAUAUUUUGAAUGUAUUUGAUUCGAAAACACAUUUCAAGGAUUUAUCAUUCGAAUUAAAUAAUCUUUCAACAGAAAAAAAUUUGAUUUAUACAAAUCAAAAUAAUGAAGAUUUAUCAAUACAUAAAGAGCUUGAUGAAAGAAUAAGAUUAUUAGAUGAAAAAAUCGAUGAAUUUAAUCGAAAUAGUUCAUUGGUAUCAUCAGCGAUAUUUUCUGAAAAACAAAAUCAAACAAUAGCAACAGCACAUACUCAAUGUAUACAAACUGAACAGAAUACUAUUUUGAAUGCUCAACAAACUAUACCAUGUAACUUUUCAUUACCGACUAUAUCGCAUGCAUCUGAUCCAACAUUAUCCAUUCAUAGUGCUCUAACAGCAACAAAUUCUAAUACAAUGUCACCUACUACUAUACUUCAACCAUUGAUACCAGCUUCAUUUGUUUCACCACCAACAUCUACAAAUCAUUCAAGUCCACCGAUAUCUAAUAAUAAAUCAAUCAGAAAUCUUCCAUUAUCAUUAUUUGAUACAAAUAAUAAUUCAACGGAUAUCUUACCUAUAAAACUUCUCGAACGAUUUGAUCCAUUGACAAAAUUUCAAUGUAAAUCAAUUUCAUCACUGCAAUCUGUUAUUUCUAAUGUUCCUAUGUCAUCAAAUAUCAAUGAUUCAUCAAUAAUUUCCACUUCAGAAUUGAUUACAUUCAAUGGUAUCAAAGGAAAUCAAAAUCAUUUGCCAUCAUCAACUAUUUUACAUAUCUCACAACAGCAAGUUACCGAUGAUUUCGCAAAACCAAUUGUUCUACAAUCAAUAUUAAAACGACCUUAUAAUUUAUCACAAUCAACAUCAAAUGAAACUUGUAAAAUAACUGAGAUACUAUCAACAAAUUCAUCAUUAGAAUCAAAUGUCGAACAAACCCUAUUAUUCGUUAAUAAGAAACAAUCAAUAAAUCAACAAACGAAUAACCUAGCUACAAAUAAUAUGAAUAAACAACAAAAUGAUAUGAAAAUAUUAUCGAAUCAAAGGAUAACAUCAGUUAAUAAUAAUAAUAAAAAACCAUCUGUAAAAAAAAUACUGAAGAAAUCAAACACAAAACCUAUUGAAACCAUAAUGAAAUCAUCAAAAAAUGCAACUAAAACAUCAAUCUUACCACUUGAUAUUAAUAUUUCUCGAUCAACUACAAAACAUCUCAGUCCAAAAACUUUAAAAACUCCUGAUCAAUUGAAUCAAAAAGCAACUAUACAAUUGAAUAAAAUUCAAAAAACAAAUCUUGAACAAAAUUAUUAUAAGAUAGACAAGAAAUCUACAUCUUCAAUCUCAAUACAACAAAAUAAAACAGCUUUAUUAAAUAAGACAAUUCUAAAACGUAAACAGCAACAUCGAAAUAAUCAAAACAAUCAAAAAUAUUUGACGACAAUACAACAAGAUCCAUUAAAAAAAUUCUCAAUAUCAAUAUCAAAAAUUGAUAAUAAAAAAAAUGAACAAAAAUUAAUAAAGUUUAAUGAUAAGAAUAAAAUCUCAAAAAAAUCUACGAAUGACAUAUCAAAAAUUAAAUUAAAACCACAACAAUUAACAUCUAUGUACGAUCGAAUUAAAAAUCGAUCAAAAAAUGAACAAUAUCAAAAUAGGCAAAAUGUCAUUAUAGAUUCAUCUGAAUCAAAAGAUGAUAUGUUAAGAAAAACUAACAACAAAAAACUAAUUGAUUUUGAUAGUAAUAUAUUUGAUAGUGAAAAAAAAGAUCAUAAUAAUGAUAGUAGAAUUAGUCAACAACAAAUAGAAAUAACGAAUUUCAAUAAUGAAGAAUUUAUUCUCAAAAAGAAAACUAUACCAUGUAAAACAAAUUUUCGAUCAAAGAAACGUUCAUCGAUAGAUCAAUUAAAUAUUUCUUCGAAGAAAAUAAAAUUACAAUCAAAAAUUUCUUCAUUUACCGAUGAACAGCAAACAAUGACAUCUAAAAUAUCUUCAUCGAAAAACUCUUUAAACAAUACAAAUAUUGAAAAUAUAACAUUAAAUAAAAUUGAUACUGAUUUUACUAAUCAUCAUAAUCAUGCAAUAACAACAAUAGCAUCAUCAAGUACAUCAUCAAAAUGUGAUGAUCUUCAAUCUAUCUCAGUGAAUACUAAAGAAGAAUCAAUACUUUUAAAGCCAAUGUUAACGGACAAUGAGACACACAACCAUCUAAGUAAUUCAAUCGAUCUCAAUUACUAUGAAGAAAUAAAACCUAUUUCAUCGACAAUAACCGAUGAAAAUCAGCAAGAUAGUUUCAAUGAACAACAAAUUCUAAAUGAAAAAGAACAAAAAUCACAUCAAUUAUUAUGUCACAUUACGGUUGAUAAGUCAACAUCACCAUCUAUUGAAAACUCCUCACCUAAAGAAACUAUUCAAAUCUCUCAACAAGAAAUAUCCCAGUCGUCAUCAAUAAUAUCAAAAGAAGAAUCAAUAUCAACUAUUCUUUGUGAAACUACCGAAAGAACAUUAAACGUAACAAAUAAUUUUCUUUUCGAUAAUAACAAUCGGUGCAACUUACCGAUUGAUCAUCAAGCAGUUAUCACAGAUACAUCAAUAUUAUCAAUACCAACUAAUCUAUCUGAUAUUAAAAAAUCUUCUUGUUUUUCAUCAUCAGUAAUCAAUGAAACAUUAAAUCAAUUCGAUUGUCGAUCAAUAACUAAUCACGAAGAUUCAUCUGUACUAAUGCGUCUAUUUCCACAAUUUAUCACGCCAGAUAAUAAUUUAUUUAUUCAUCCUCAUCAGCAUCAUUCACAUCCAUUAGUUGCACAACCACCGUCAAAUUCACCACCAUUAUCAAUACGAACAUUAUCGACAAGUAGCUCUAGUAGUACUAUUGGCAAUCCUUGUUAUAAUACAAAUAUGUCUGCGCAACAAUAUUGCUAUGAUAAAGAAUCAAGAAGAGAUUCUAUUACAAAUUUUUCAACUACAUCAUCUUUUGAUUGUUCAACACCUAAUAGUACCAUUAGUCAACAGCAAUUUUUCGAAUCAGAUUCUAUUGCUUCAUUUCGAAAUCAAUUUGAACUCUAUGGUUAUACUUUACCAGCUCAACAUCUGUUAAAUUCAUUUACAAGUGAAUUAUGUCAUAUGAAUGAGUUUCAAUCUUAUGAUCCAUAUAAUAUUCAAUGGAAAGGAUAUAUCAUAUUGAAAACUAAUCAAGCUUAUAUAAAAACUCAAUUUAUAGCUGGUAAUCCUCAAAUAGCACGUAUAUCAAUAAAUAAUUGGCGCUCUGAUAUGUAUCAUAAUUUACGUAUUUCACAACGUAUGCGUUUAGAACAUAAACAACUUGAUGGUGUACAAAAACGUAUGCAAAUGGAUAAUGAUCAUUGUAUAUUAAUUGCUGAGCCAAAUGGUUUAACACCAGAUGAAAUACGUUGUGAACAAAAUUAUUUAAAAAAUGGUAUUAUUCAAUAUUUACAUGACAAACAAGCCGCUGGAAUUCUUAAUAUUUUAUUACCUGGCCUAUUACAACCAGUUUAUGUUGUACAUAUAUUUCCACCAUGUCAGUUUGCAUCAGAAAUAUUACAGAAACAUGCUCCAGAUGCUUAUCGUUGUGUUGUUCAAAAUAAAAUUGAAAAAAUAUAUCUAUUAUUUAUUAUAACAAGUACCCAACAAUAG